AGGAGGGAAAUGAUCGAGUCUCUCAAAACCUGGCUGCUCUGCUCUGGCUGUUGCUUCAAUUCGUUGAACGCAUUUACACCAGAUGCUCUCAAGUUCCCUGCCGGCUAUUCGACUUUGCAUCCUAGGUGCACGUAGCGUUACGUCGUCCUCUCGCUGUUGCGCCGCAGCACUAUCUUCUUUCGGACGUUCAUCCCUUGCAGGCACCUUUCCCACCUCCUCACCCAGCCUCAUGCAAUCGACCAGGACGGCUGCGAAUGUUGCAACUGUUGAGUCGUUUUCAAAAGAACAGUUGCACCCCCGUUCUCUAAAGUCCUCUGAACCGCCGACAGUUCCUACAAUUGACUUUGGUUCAUUUAAUAAUGUGACUGGUGAAGGUGCAAAACACGUCGCUGACCAAAUUCUGAAAGCCGCCCUGGAUACAGGCUUCUUCUACCUCUCCAAUCACGGGGUUCCUCAAAAAGACAUUGACGAUAUGUUUGAACUGACGAAGAGAUUUUUUGCAAAAGGGAGUGCCCAUAAUGCCAAAUAUCCGUACAACCCAGAAAUAAACUCUGGCUAUCUUGGAAUCGCAACAGAAAGACUGAAUCCAAAUUCAGACGAACAGGAGUACAAAGAGGCAGUAAACAUCCCGAAAUUGAAUGGCCGUACCGCUCGUAAAGAGGACUUUGCUCCUGAAUUAGCGAACAAUUGGGAGCUGCUGACGCGGUUUCAUCGAUCUGCUCACGACUGCCUUCUCCGCGUAUUACGUGCAUUUGGAAUGGGGCUUCAAAUUCCAGAGUCUGCUGGCGGCCUCGACUAUUUUACAUCCUGCCAUCGUUACGAAGAAUCGAGUGCUGAUAUCCUGCGAAUCUUGUGGUACCCCGCUAUACCCGCGGACAGAAGCACAAAAUGGACGCGAGCUGCUGCCCAUAGCGAUUACGGCAGCCUUACCUUAUUAUUCCAAGACUCAACUGGGGGGCUGGAGGCCCUUUUGCGGAGUGGGAACCAUGAACCGAAAUGGAUACCGCUCCCUCCACGCCCAGGAACCAUUGUUGUAAACACGGGAGAUCUGAUGGAAUUCUGGACUGAGGGACUUGUAAAGUCAACAGCUCACCGAGUAGUGUUCCCGGAUGGCCCUGCAGCCCAUCAGGACAGGUACACAAUCGCCUACUUUGGGCAGCCCGAAGACUCUACACCACUGACUACAAUUCCCAGCGAAAUUGUCAAAAGCAAAGUCCUUCAGGAUGCCAAAACUGGGAAUGGCGAAGCACUGUUCCGUGGCCCAACGUCCAUGUCUCAGGAGAGGGCAAUGACUGCUCUGGAACAUUUGAGAAUGAGGUUGAGCGAAAUUCAUUAAGUGGCCCGUAGGCUCUACUGCGGGAUGGACAUUUAUUUUGAUUUUUUGUCGAAUAUUUGGCUGCAUUGCGGUUCUGCAGUCGGUGUAGUUUAGCUUAGUUUUAUAUGUAUAGUCAAAAUGGUGCAAGCUGUAAAGUUAUUAGAAUUGAUAUGAUGUGCAAUGAGAUACCUCACAAGAUAAUGGUAAUUUUGGCACCGCCGG